AUGGCACGCGCUACGGCCUCGGUCUCGGUCCUCGUGAACGAGAUCACCUACAACGCCCUCACGCUCGUACAGGACCCGUACGGUAACUACGUCGUGCUCAACCGCUUUUCGGACGCCGUCAUCCUGCAUCCGCGUCGCCGAGCACUCUACGCGCAAGACGCUCAUCAAGGAGCUCCUCAACCGCACACGUCUCGAAAAGCUCCUCUGCGAGUCGUACGGCACAACCACUGCAUCCAGACUGGUCUCAAUUACGCCGAGGGCGGCCGGCACGCACUCCUCGUGGAGGGUAUCUGCCCGGUCUUCCCGCUCAUCCGCAACACUCCGUAUAGCAAGUGCAUCCAGCACAAGCUCCAGCACGAGCAGAUGGAUCACUACGGCUCCGUUGGCGUCUACCCCGUGGCUGCUCAGCAAAACCUCGUCAACACGGCGGCGCUACGGACACACGGGCUCGGUCGUGCGCCCAACCCGUGUGCUGCGUCCAUGCACGCGUACGGCCAGCAGCACCCGCAGGCGCAUCUCGCGCGCGGCGUCGACGCCUACGUCCUCCAGGGCUACUCGAGCCAUAACCUCACUGCCGCUGGUCAAUACGGCGCUGGCUACAAGGGGAUGGGUGUCGCGGUGUACCCUCAGGCUGUCAGUUUAUCGGGCGGUCUCGGCGACUACCAGUGCGGGGCGUCGUACGGCUACGGCAUGUAA